AAGUUAACUUUUCAGUGAUAUUCUACUUAAUUAAGAAGCACUUGCUUCGCUUUGAAUAUGGAUGUCUACAUUUCUGGGUCGAUUCCAACACUGUUGACCUUUUCACCUCACCCAUUUAUUUAGAUCAACUCCAGUCCUCAUGGGCCUGUACACUGCAAGUUUGAAAUGUUUCCUUGUUUUUACAACACCUGAAUCAAAUGAGUGGUUCAUUAUUAGGCCUCUGCAGAAGUUUAAUUGUACAGCAACAGGGACAGAUCUAAAGCAUGCAGGGCACCAGCAUUUUAGGGACUGGAGUUAUUGGAGGACUCAUCAUUUAGAUAGCAAUAUUUAUAGCAUAUCAGCAGUGGAGCUGAAUCCCGUCCUCCUGCCUCUCAGCUGGCUGCUGGGUACCUGGGGGAGCGAUGAACCCGGAGAAGGAACCUACCCAUCCAUAAAACCUUUCCGCUACACAGAGAAACUGCACUUCAGCCAUGUGGGGCAACCAGUCAUCAACUUUAUGUUUAAUGCAUUUCAUGCUGAGUCCAAUAAGCCUCUACACAGAGAAUGUGGCUUUAUACGAGUCCAGCAGGGGACCAACAGAGUGGCCUUUGUCAUCGCACAGAACUCAGGUCUGGUGGAGAUUGAAGAGGGGGAGCUGACAGGAAAUCAGCUAAAACUGCAGACCCAAAGUCUGGGUAGAAUCUCUUUUGCCAAAGAGCCCCAUGUACAACAGAUUUGCCGAGUCUUGCAGCUUCGACCAGAUGGGAAGCUGGAGCAGACCGUUUCCAUGGCAACAGACAACCAGUCACUCACUCAGCACUUGCACAUUACUUACAGCCGGUCAUGUUGACCCAAUCAGCCAGCAGGCUUCUUAUCCCACACCUGAAGUCAGAACAAAGUCUUAUGAGUUUGGGUCACAAAACUUUUAUUACUGAGGGUGGGCUUUUGUCAAAAUGUGCAUGUUUGUGUUGUUUCUUGUCGAGGUUCUGUGUUUAAAUGCAUUUAAAUAAAUCACUGUGUUGAAUCCA